AUGGCUGACGAAGUUAUUAAACAUUCUGUACACACACUCGUGUUUAGAUCUCUAAAACGAUCUCAUGAUAUGUUUAUUUCUAACCAAAGUAUGCUACCGCCAAUUGAUGAAAAAGCCGAAAAAAUAUUGCGAGCAGUAAAAGCUAGAGACAGUUAUGGACAAGUAAUGUCAGCAGUUCAAAAGGCACAAGCAAUCAAACAACAAGAAGCUUUAAGUAGACCAGAAACUCCUCAUGACACAGAAAUAGCAGAAUCUGCAGCCCUUGCAUCUGAUGGAGCAAUGCUUCCAUACAGUGCUCCAGCAACACCAACACCUACAGCCAUAGUCCCUGCACCGAGAAAAGCACCCACCAUGCCUCGACCCAAAUGGCAUGCACCCUGGAAAUUGUUUAGAGUUAUAUCAGGUCAUCUUGGUUGGGUUAGAUGUGUAGCUGUAGAGCCAGGGAACGAGUGGUUUGCAACAGGUGCUGCUGAUAGAGUUAUAAAAAUAUGGGAUUUAGCCAGCGGUAAACUGAAGGUGUCACUCACAGGACACGUCAGCACUGUUAGAGGACUAGAGGUGUCAUCUCGACACCCAUACUUGUUCAGUUGCGGAGAAGACAGACAAGUCAAAUGCUGGGAUCUUGAAUAUAAUAAGGUGAUCCGGCACUACCACGGGCACCUGUCGGCGGUGUACACGCUGGCGCUGCACCCCACGCUGGACGUGCUGGUCACGGCGGGGCGCGACGCCACGGCGCGCGUGUGGGACCUGCGCUCCAAGGCCAACGUGCACACGCUGGCGGGGCACACCGACACCGUGGCCUCGCUGGCCUGCCAGGCCGCCGAGCCGCAGAUAAUAACAGGUUCCCACGAUUCGACAAUCCGUCUGUGGGACCUGGCAGCGGGCAAGUCGAUGUGCACUCUCACCAACCACAAGAAAUCAGUCCGUGCUAUAGCAGUGCAUCCCUCUCUAUACACCUUUGCUUCAGCAUCCCCGGACAACAUAAAGCAAUGGAAAUGUCCCGAAGGAAAAUUCAUCCAGAAUUUGUCCGGACACAAUGCUAUAGUGAACUGUAUGGCAGUGAAUCCCGAGGGAGUGCUGGUCAGCGGGGGCGAUAACGGGACCAUGUAUUUCUGGGAUUGGCGCACGGGAUACAACUUUCAACGGUUACAGGCGGCGGUGCAGCCGGGCUCCAUGGACAGCGAGGCGGGCAUCUUCGCGCUGAGCUUCGACCGCUCCGGCGCGCGCCUCAUCACGGCGGAGGCCGACAAGACCGUCAAGAUCUACCGCGAGGACGACGCCGCCUCCGAGGACACGCACCCCGUCAACUGGCGCCCCGACAUACUCAAGCGGAGGAAGUUC